CGCAUAUAGAAGGUGUGGUAUUUAAAUUAUUAUGGCACACUAAAACAAAUGGUCCGAACUGCAACUUCCAUGGCAAACUUCUUCGCAUUUCGUGGCCACGGACCUGCUCACUUUCACAUCUGCGUCGUUCAAGCAACAACAUGAGCUUCCCUGCCGGCAACACCCCUUUGGAACACCACGAUCCUGAGUUGUUCAACUUGAUCGAGCACGAAAAGAACCGUCAAUGGAAGUGCUUGGAACUCAUCGCGUCUGAAAACUUCACGUCCCGCGCCGUCAUGGACUGCUUGGGCUCGUGCUUGACCAACAAGUACGCCGAAGGCUACGUGAACCAACGCUACUACGGCGGGAACGAAGUGAUCGACCAAAUCGAGCAGCUCUGCCAAGACCGCGCUUUGCAAGCGUACGGGUUGAACCCUGCCGAAUGGGGCGUGAACGUCCAGCCGUACUCUGGCUCCCCCGCCAACUUUGCCGUGUACACGGCAUUGUUGCGUCCUCAUGACCGCAUCAUGGGCUUGGACUUGCCCAGUGGAGGCCACUUGACCCACGGUUUCUACACGUACAGCAAGGCCGAGAACACCCGCAAGGCCGUGUCUGCCACGUCCGUGUACUUCGAAAGCUUGCCGUACCGCGUGCACCCCGAAACCGGUCUGAUUGACUUCGAUAAGUUGGCCGAAUCCGCCAGCCUCUUCAAGCCCGCUCUCAUCGUGUGCGGUGGUAGCGCGUACCCCCGUGACUGGGACUACUCUGCGUUCCGCAAGAUCGCUGACGACAACGGCUCGUUGCUCAUGUGCGACAUGGCCCACUACUCUGGCUUGGUGGCCACCAAGGAGCACAACGACCCGUUCGAGUUCUGCGACAUCGUCACGACCACUACCCACAAGUCCCUCCGCGGCCCCCGUGCCGGCAUGAUCUUUUACCGCAAGGACGCGCGUAACUUUGAAGUCAAGAUCAACCAAGCCGUGUUCCCCGGUCUCCAAGGCGGCCCCCACGAGCACCAAAUCGCCGCCAUCGCCACGCAAUUGAAGGAAGUGCAGACUCCUGAAUUCAAGCAAUACGCGAUCCAGGUGAAGGCCAACUGCCGCGCCCUAGCCAAGGCGCUCACCGACAAGGGGUACGUGCUGGCCACUGGCGGCACCGACAACCAUUUGCUCCUCUGGGACCUCCGUCCUGCCGGCAUCACCGGCGCCAAGAUGGAGAAGCUCUGCGACGUGGCGAGCAUCACCCUCAACAAGAACUCGGUCCUGGGCGACCGCAGCGCUAUCUCCCCCGGCGGCGUCCGCGUCGGCACCCCCGCGCUGACCUCGCGCGGGUUGACCGAGUCGGACUUUGUUCAUGUGGCGGAAUUCCUCCACCGCGCCGUGCAGUUGGCCUUGGAAAUCCAAGUGACCAGCGGCAAGAAGAUCUCGGACUUUAACGCGGCCUUGGCCUCGCAUGCCGGCGUCAAGCAAUUGCGCGACGACGUCAACACGUUCGCGACGCAGUUCAACAUGCCUGGGUUCGACGUCGCGACCAUGCGCCACAAGGAAUUGUAAUGUAGUAUUUGGUGAUGAUUGAUUGUGUCGUCAGUUAUUCUCGUUGGAGGGGAAACCGUCGGGUCGAAGGCAGUUUUAGUUGGGCCUUCCAUCGCCAGCGCUUUUUCGAAAACUAACUUGAAUACUGUAUUGUGCGAUGAUCACUGUUGGGGUUAUUUAGUUCGACUUGGG